GUUCACAAGGACAAGGUUGCAGCCGCGAACGAAGUCUACCCGUUGAGAAGCCCGUAGAGAUUAUCACAAGACGAGGAAAGAAGGCCUGGGAGAAUGCGCGUGGUUAGACGUGCAAAGGUUGCGCCCGGAGGUGACAAGGAACGUCUGCGUCUGUUUGGCUGCGCGCCAGCAACAAGCACAGGCCCGAACGCGUCCAUUCUACUCGGCUAAUCAUUCCCUCAUCCAGCAACUCAAAGGAAGCUCAAGUUCGUUAGCAGAGGCAUUACUACGAGAGUCGUUCAAGACACGACUUCUAAUCUUGUUUCACUCUCGACAACAAGAACAAGCAAAGCAAAAGACUGAGCGCUGACCAAGCUCCUUCUCUCAAAAGAGCACUCCAGAGUGCUGGAUACAUAGUAAUUCCCUGGAGGAUCUCAACUGCUGGGGACGCGCUCUGCGACUUGUGGACCGAAGAGAACGACAAAAUGGCAGACGAAUCUGACGACGAUCUCUACGGAGAUGAGACUACCACGCAACAGCAAAAGCAUGCGAAGAAAGAGGAGGACGACUCUAGUGGUGACGAGCCCAUGGAUGAAGAGUCGGGCGACGAGGAAGAAAGCGACUCGGAUAUUGAUAUCAUUAUCGAGAAAGCGCCAGCACCUCCCAAACCCGCAGGCACGCAGGCACCCCCAGAAAGCAAAGCCAUAAAGAUCGAAGCACCACCCGCCUCAUCCACUACUCCCUCGCAACAGGGAGCCCCCAAAACUGUUCCCACCACCGGCGGCACUGUGCCCCAACUGUCCGCCGCAUCCCUUUCAGGCGCCGCCUUCCCCGCACAACGCACCUCUACUAUCGAUGUGAACGGAAAUCCUGUCUACCCUCCUCAAGGCAAAGAGAUCCUCAGUGUGGACAUUGAUGCAGAUCUAGCUGAAGAGCAAAAGAUCUGGCGCCGACCAGGUGAAGACCAGUCAGAUUACUUCAACUACGGUUUUGAUGAGUUUACUUGGGAAUUGUACCGGCAGAGACAAGUCAGCAUGGCCAACACGCUGCAAGGUCAGAAAAACGACAUGGCACAGAUGCAGGCUAUGAUGGGCGGUGGACCGAUGCCGGGUAUGCCUGGUAUGGGCGCUGGCCCACAGGGUAACGGUGGACCAGGCGGUGCGCCGCCAACAGGGCCUGGAGGUGGCGGUAAUGCUAUGGGACCUGGAGGUAUGAAUGAACAGCAGAUGCAGAUGAUGAUGCAGGAUAUGAUGGCGCAGGGAAUGGACCCCAGCCAGAUGGACUUUGCAUCCUUCAUGCAGAUGGCUGGCCAGGGCAUGGGUGGCUUCGGUGGUGGACCUGGCGGCCAGCAAGGCGGAGGCUUCCAACAAGGUCAUCAAGGCGGCGGAAGAGGUGGACGCGGAGGUAGAGGAAGGGGAUGGUAGCACGGUGAAAACGACUCCAUAUCUGAUCCGGAUAACAGCGUGGGAAAGGAUCGAUUUAUGAUGGUACAUGGCAUCACGGCGUUCUGAGUGUAUUACUACGAUACCACGGGUGGGGACAGCCUCAUAGCGCAAAGCAGUCUGUUUUAAUUUAUACAGAUCAAUCUACUUCCAGCUCGAGCGCUUCACUACAUACGCCUCCAUGUCUGUGGUAGAGUCACCAGGUCUUCCCGUGGAUAUUCCACUGCGCAUUCGCUCCUUGAGAGCCACACGCGGUGCAAACCAAACCUUUAUGCGCCUCACAAUGGUCGUGCGCCUCCUUGUUCCCCUGUAGGCGUGGGGUUUCGCGCAGUCGCGAGCUGUACUGUCUACCUGCUUU